AUCACAAAAGAAAGGAACCACAAAACUUCUCGAACCGCUUUCGCAGAGAUCCAUCACUCUCCAGUCUCCAGCGAAUUUUCCUGGUCAACUUUAGGAGAACAUUUUCCCGGGAAAAUCCAAUCGUUCUUCGUCUCAAAAACAGGUAUACAGAUGGCAGAGAUCGAAGAUGGUGAGAUGGUAGAUAUUGAAGGAGAUGAGGAACCUCCGAAGUUAACGAUCACGAGUGGAGACUGGGAGGGGCAUCUGAGAACUGUGAAACUUCGGAAAGAAGACGUGAAUAGACUCGUGAUGAAUCUUUUUGUGGUUGAAGGGUAUGCAGAAGCUGUGGAGAAAUUCCAAAAGGAGUCUGGAACUAAGCCAGAAGCAGAUUCUGCGAGCAUCACUGGCCGGCUGGCUGUUGUCAAGGCUAUCCAAAGCGAAGAUAUUGACAAUGCUGUUGAGAAGUUGAAGGAUUUAAACCCUGAGAUACUGAAGACGAAUUUUCAUCUAAAUCAGCAAAGAUUGAUAGAAAUAAUCCGCUCGGGGAAUAUAGAUGAGGCCUUAGCGUUUUCUCAGAAAGAGCUUACACCAAUUGGAGAACAGAACCGGGUGUUUCUGGGAGAAUUGGAAAAAACUCUUACGCUGCUCGGCUUUGAAGAUCCCACUACCUGCCCGCUGAGAGAGCUUCUUACCAGCUCACAGUGGAUGAAGACAGCUGCCGAAGUAGAUGCAGCGAUUAUUACAAGCCAGACUGGUGAAAAAUAUGGCAAACUUCAACACUUGGUGAAGAUGCUGAAUUGGACUCAGAAUCAACUGGAUGAAAAAUUAGAGUAUCCACGCAUGACUGUUUUGCCCAAUGGCCAGGUCACAAACCCAUCAGAAUGAGUCUUAUCACCUCUUUUCAGCGAUUAAAGGCUCUGCCAAAGGGAACAUAUAUAGUGAGAUAUAUAACCUGUUCUGUUACAAGAACAUGAGGAGACCAUUGCUUCAUAUUGUAUAUUUUGAUUGACAAGAAGUUUAGGCCCUUGCCCUUGUUAUGAUGUAGGCAUUUGCUUUGUAAUGGAAAAAAUAUUGGACCACUUGGUGGUAACAGUAAACAAGAGAUGUAGGCUAAUGGCUAGGCUUUUAUUCUCCAACAUAGUACGGUUCCUAGAAAGCUACCAGUGAAGGGUCUAUUGAAUUGGUUUUGAAGUUUGUUGGGUGUGUUGACCAGCUGCUAACCAAAAAAGUUGCUUCUUUGUCUCCUUA